AUGGGUUUGCGGAAUUCCUUCUCCAAGGAUAGAGACUACGAGUUUUGGAACAUCCUCAUGUGCCAUCUGAUACAUAUGCAACAAGACCUGCCUGAAAAGGAGCGCAGCUUGUUUGGAACCCUUGCGUAUCGCAUGAUGUCCAAGGCCGCGGAGGCGAUACCUAAGAAUGAGGAACAAGCAUCUUCUUCCACGAAAGCAAUCUCGGAAUCGGAAGAAAUUGCGUUGCUUGUCCAAGUCUUCAACGCCACGGGCCAUGGCAAAGAGACGGUCAAACUUUUGCAGGGACAGUCGCUGAACAUGCAAUCUCGAGUAUCAGAACAAUGGGACGAGGCUUUCAAAGUGUGCCAGGAUCUGUUGUCCCAGCCAGAACACCAGUCAGACGACCGUAUCUGGGAACUAUGGCUUCAGUCACGAUCAAAAUUACCAGAGGGCAACGGGCUAGAUACACAAUGCAAAGAGCUCCUUGGUUCUGUGUGCACCAUCAGGCCGAUUGUCCGCGCAGCUUACCUCGCGAAGCUGAAGUUUCAGCAGACUCAGGACGACGAAGCCGAUCAGGACGGUCUACUGCAAACUUGCAAAGACUAUUUCGAAGCGUUUUCAUCCAAACCCUUUUGCUUCGAUGAUCUGAAGAAGCCUCUCCAACACCUUGACAAGGCUCAUUUCGAUCAAUUUCUGCACACAGUCUCUAGCCAUGAGGGCAAUCUGGAACGGCUGUUCGGCCUUAAAUUGGCGUAUAGCACACUUCCACCAGAUGCAUCCAGCUCGGAGCUCCUCGAAUUCACGCACAGAGCAUUACAAUUAUACCAGACGUCCUUGUCCGAGAGCCCUCCGUGCCCAGAAGCAGCCCUCCUCGCAGUUCUCGCAAUCCUUCGAAUUGCUAGCAGCAAAAACUCGCCUUCGAUGGCCCUGUUCGCCGUCAUGGUUCUUCAAAUCACUCGCUUAAAAUUCGAAGAUUAUUACAUUCUGACAAUCCUGCUGGUUCAGCUCCAGUCCCAUCUCGGAUUACUUUCUUUAGGUAUGGACAACUUUGUGAAACUCAGUGUCAAAAAUCUGCAGUGGGAAACAGUUGGACAUUGGAUCCUCACAAGAAUAUCCUCGUUGCAUCCAGCCUCUGUUACGGCCCUGCAGGACGAAUUUGACCCGCUUUGGGCUGUAGACACAGGACUUACAGUUCUGGAGAAUGCGGAUAAUGCUUUGGUCAGAGGAAUUCGCGAAGGCUUGCGAUUUAACAGUUACUCAAACAUCCAGAACAGCGUGAAGAUGCGGUCGGAGAUUGAAAGCAGCCUGGUCAAGCAGAUCUAUGCCAUCGAGGAACGGAAGAUCCGGCGAUGGCGAGGGGAGCCUAAUGACCAUACAGUCUUGCCACUAACAGACCCUUCGAAACCCCUUGUCGACAAACGAGAUUUCGGGUAUAUGCCUGACUAUCGUGAAGAGGACGAUCAACUGCUGGCGAAGUUUCGAUGCGGACCUCUUCCGAAGGAAAGAUGGAUACACGCCAUGGCACUGUUUGACAAUAUAGCCACUUAUCUGAAAGCAGAGGUGGCAUCACACACUUCCCUGAUAGCAACAGCGUACGAGAACCUGAAACAGGCGCAACUCCACGUGUCCUGGCCUGCUACAGAAGACCUAUCGGCGGAAAUGACAGAAGCUGAACAAGCCAAUCUUACAUGCCUCAAGAUUCUCGCCCAGGCAAUAACUUUAUUCAAAGAAGGCAGCAUCACCACGCCUCAGGCAUCUCAACAGAACACCUCCACAUCUCUUUCAGACAUCCUUUCCGACCUCAAAACCUGGCUUUCGUCCGCACUCGCGAGCCGCAGGAAUAGUACCUCUGGGUCGAUCAUUGCGGGGAUUCGUGUGCCAUCGUGGGAGGAUCUGCACGGAAGCUUCACACAACUUGAGACGUUGCAAGUCAUUGCAAACCUCACUUCCCUGGUGACCAAGAAGACCCAAAAGUCCGCGAAAUCUUCGAAGGCUGCUUCAGACUCCAUCUCCAAGGACAUGAUCUCUGAGAUACAAUCACUCAUCACCGACCUCGAAUCUCAAAUCCUGACAGAUGUCCGGGAGCUGAAGUCAUCAAUCAACGAACCCGGCGUGCUGGGCAAGCUGGUCGACUUGGGAAUGGCACGACGCGGCAGCGACGCCGAGGGGAGCGACGGUACCGAAGGAGACGUUCUCCCUAAUGGUGAGAAGUGGGAGAAUUUGAUUGAGAGCAUCUGCGACGAAGUGACGAUGGAGACGAUCUGCGGGGAGAUCAAGGACAGCUGGGACGAUGCACUCGAUGGGGUUUUGGGCGGAAAGGGCAAAACUCGAGUUGGGAGAUGA